CAAAACAAGCAACAGCAACAAACACCAAAUUGAAUAAAGCAACAUACGCUUCAGCAACAAUAAAAGCAACAAUAGUAGUAACAAUAGCUAGCACAUCAAGUCUCGUGCCAACCACAACAAAUAAAUAAGAAUAACAACAACAACAACAACUACUACUUCAAACACUAACAACAACAACAACAAAGCCAACAACACUAAAACGGUCCCACGCGAUUUUUAGAACGGCGCCAUUUGCCGCCCGGAAACUGUAGCUCCAGCAGUAGCAGCCGAAACAAAAUGGCGGAUGGUGGGCAUUCAUUUGUGAAGAAGACAUUUCAUAAGCCAACUUACUGUCACCACUGCUCGGAUUUACUGUGGGGCCUCAUACAGCAAGGCUACAUAUGCGAGGUUUGCAACUUUAUCAUACACGAACGAUGUGUCACAAGCGUGGUAACGCCCUGUUCCGGCAUUGCGCCAUGCAUUAUAAAGAAUCCCGUCGCCCAUUGUUGGUCGGAGCCAACCCAUCACAAGAGAAAAUUCUGCACGGUUUGCCGUAAGCGAUUGGAUGAAACGCCAGCGGUGCAUUGUUUAGUUUGCGAAUAUUUCGCGCAUACUGAGUGCCAAGAUUUUGCUGUGCCCGAUUGCACGGAGAAUGCAACAUACGUGCCCGGCAAGGAAUUGCUUAAUGUGAGGCAUCAACACCAUUGGCGAGAGGGUAAUCUGCCAUCAACGUCCAAAUGCGCCUACUGCAAGAAAACCUGUUGGUCUUCGGAAUGCCUCACAGGCUAUCGGUGCGAGUGGUGUGGCAUGACCACACACGCUGGAUGUCGCAUGUACCUGCCAACCGAAUGUAAUUUUGGUAUACUACAACCUAUCUACUUACCUCCGCAUUCAGUGUCGAUACCACGUACUGAGGUGCCAAUCGAGGCGAUUAUUGGCGUCCAGGUCAAAUCCAAAACGUCGCUCGUGCGCGAUUAUUCGUGUCCCAGCCCGGAGCUCGGUGCCGAAUCCGCGGCUGGUGACGUUGCUGCGUCCGGUAUGUGUCUCAAGGAGCUGCUCGAGCUUCACCGGCAGCGACUUGAGCAAUCGAAACAACAUUUUUUACUUUCAACGCCGCCCACACCCAACUCCUCGCUCUGUGUCUCACCCACGCCGUCGCUGACAGUGGGCGAGACGAGCAACAACGAGCAGGAUCCGCUCGAUCCAGAACCGGACGAGGAUGACAAUGAGCAGCAAGAUAGCGCCCUGCAGCUGACCACCACCUCGACCAGCCAUGUACCGCUGGGACCACUGCAAAAAUCGCCCUCGGCCAACUCAUCGCUGCAGUUGCUCUACACGAGUCUGUUCCGCAAAUUGGCCCAUGGUCGGGGGCGAGGGCGUGGUAGACGGCGUGAUGAGCGGCCGGAUGAUGGUGAUGGUGGAGACGGCGAUGUUGAUGAUGAUGAUGAUGAAGAUGAUGUGGAUGAUGAUGAUGUAGAUGGCGGUGUCUGUGAUAUAAGUGGUUACGAUCUGAGCGACGAUUAUGAUAAUUGUGAUGUGUCGCUGCGGAAACGUUGCACGCGUCGAUCGCCGCGCAAUGUCAGCGAUACGGAUUACCAUGGCGAUGUUGAGCUGGAGACGGCGCCACGGGAGAGCUGCUACGAGACAUCCGAUACGGGUGGCGAUCUGACCAACACCGAUGAGCUCGACUCGAGCAUGAAUUUAAUUAGCAAUCUUAGCUAUAAUAGUAGUAAUAGUAACACCUCUAACACCUCCGAGCAGCGCAACACUGCAACUGCCACUGCCGCAGGCACAGCCACAGUCACGGCCACAUCGACAGCCAAGGGUAAUGCCCCCGCCCCUGGGCCAACCAAGGCUGCUUUGAGCGUGCUCGCUGGCCGCAAUCCAAAGACUGGCGCUGGUGCUGGUGCUGGUGCUCCAGCGAAAGCCAAGCCCAAGACCAUACUCAGUGCGCCCAAGCACAAGGGUGGCUCCGUCAGCUCACCUAAUUCCAGUGACUGCUCCUCGGCAUCGCCGGCGCCCGCAUCGGCCAUAACGCAACUGCAACUGUCGCCGGUGGGUCGGAGCAAAUCGUUUCAAGAGCCGGGCAUUGCCCGCUACAAGAAAUACGGACGUGGCCUGUUCCAGCGACGACGCUCGAAACGCUCACCCAAAGGUGGCGUCAAGAGCAACUACAGCCUGGACAGACUGUCGCAGAACAUCGAGAUAACCAUACAAGACGAGGAUGGCAACUAUCAGGCCUACGAUGAUAACUAUCAUACGCUAUCCACGGCCCGUCGGCUGCGCCGCGAUGUCUACGACGAUGUUGACGAUGUCGAGUACGAGGAUCUCUAUCUGGAUGAUCGACCGCGGAGCACGGGUGGCCUCAGUGGCGAUGACAUUGCUGGUGAUAUCAGCGAUGAUGGCAGUCGAUCCCGUGCCAGCGAUUGCCAGGGACAGCAGGGUCACGUCUUUGGCCGGUUGCUGAGACGCGUACGCGGUUUAUCCGUCGGCUGGCGCAAGCCUCGCUACCAGAAGCGCAGAGCACGCAGUAUAUCGGAGGAAUUCAGCAGCGGAGAUGCACCUCGCUUCAAGGAUGAGGAGUCCAUGGGCAAGGCCGAAUCCUCGCAUGGCAUGAGCGCAACAGGUGGCCCCAGCAGCAGUGGUGGUGGCGGCGGCGGUGGCGGCGCCGGCGGAGGAACGGGAAGUGGAGGCACAGUUGCUGCCGGCGUUAGCGGUAGCGGUAGUGGUGGUGGUGCUGGUGCAGGUGGUUCCGGAGGUGGCUCACACUAUCGCGCCGAUGCCUCGAGCCACAAGUCCGACAAAUCGGAGAAGGACAGGGAGAAGAAAGAGAAGGAACGCGAGGAGAAAGAUAUAGAGAUGAUCAAGGUCUUCGAUGGCAACAACUCAUUCCGACGCCAGCAGUACCGUGCCAUCAUCGUGCAGCGUACAUACACGCUGGAGCAGCUACUGACCACCGCUUUGCGCGCUUUUCACAUUACGCGCGAUCCGAAGGCGUUCUUCCUGACGGAUAUGUAUGCGCCAGCUGGGAUGGAGGAUGCACCGCUGCUGGAUCCGACGCCCGUGUUGAAUCUGACACACUUGGAGGGCAAGCGACCGGCUAUGUAUCUCAGGUUUCACGACAGGGACAAGGGACAUGUGCGCGUCUAUCCGGGCAAAUUGCAAUGCUCCAUGGACGAUCCGUAUGUCAAUGUGCCGGUCGAUAAUACGACCGUCAUCAAGGACCUGAUACGUGAUGCACUCGAUAAAUUUGGACUACAAGAUAACCAGAUACAGGACUAUAGAUGCUCGGAAGUGUUGCUCGAUCGCGGCGUAACCGAACGCAUUCUCUCGUGGAACGAACGUCCCUGGGAUAUUAUGAAGCAGCUGGGCAAGGACUCUAUCCGUCAAAUGGAACUGAUGCGAUUCUACAUGCAACACAAACAGGAUCCCCAUGGACCAAACAUUGCCCUAUUCGUGGGCAAUCUGCCCACGGGUCUGUCGCAGCGCAACUACGAACAGAUUCUGAACAAAUACGUGACAGAUGAGAACAAGUUCAUUAGCAUUGGACCCAUCUACUAUGAGUACGGCUCGGUUGUGCUAACCUUUGAGGAUGCCCAAAAGGCGGUUCGCGCUUUCUACAACCUACGCGAGACGAUCAUCGAGGACAAGAAGCUGUUGGUGUUGUUGUUGCCUAACAUUGAGCCCAGCAUGGUACCCUCGGAUGUCCGGCCGCUGCUGGUAUUUGUGAAUGUCAAGUCUGGCGGUUGUCAAGGCCUGGAACUUAUAUCGAGCUUUAGAAAACUACUGAACCCGUAUCAGGUCUUCGACUUGGACAACGGAGGACCUCUGCCAGGACUCUAUGUGUUCCGCCAAAUCACCAACUACAAGAUCUUGGUAUGUGGCGGAGAUGGCACCAUUGGAUGGGUGCUGCAGUGUCUGGAUAAUGUUGGUCAGGACUCGGAAUGUUCAAGCCCACCGUGCGCGAUUGUGCCAUUAGGUACAGGCAAUGAUUUGGCACGCGUUUUAUGCUGGGGCUCCGGCUAUACGGGUGGCGAGGAUCCCCUGAAUAUGCUGCGCGAUGUCAUAGAGGCGGAGGAGAUACGUUUGGAUCGAUGGACCGUUGUUUUCCAUCCGGAGGACAAACCGGAAGAGCCGGCCAUGAAGGCGCCCUCACAAACAACCGGUAAGAAGAAGAAGGCUCACCAAGCACAUCUAUCGCAACAAACAAAUCAGCAUCAUCAAUUACCGGCUCUGACAUCGAGUGAUAUAUCAGGUGGCGCCCAAAACGAGGACAACUCACAGAUCUUUGUGAUGAACAACUAUUUUGGCAUUGGCAUCGAUGCGGAUCUCUGUCUGGACUUUCACAAUGCACGUGAGGAGAAUCCCAAUCAGUUCAAUUCACGGCUCCGCAACAAGGGCUACUAUGUGAAGAUGGGACUGCGUAAGAUUGUCGGACGCAAGACGGUCAAGGAUUUGCAGAAGGAAGUGCAUCUGGAGGUCGAUGGCAAGGUGGUCGAUCUGCCACCCGUCGAUGGCAUCAUUAUAUUAAACAUUUUAAGCUGGGGCAGUGGCGCCAAUCCCUGGGGUCCGGAUAAAGAUGAUCAGUUCAGCACGCCCAAUCACUAUGAUGGCAUGUUGGAGGUGGUGGGCGUCACCGGUGUCGUCCAUUUGGGCCAGAUACAGUCUGGCAUACGCACAGCCAUGCGGAUUGCACAGGGUGGCCACAUCAAAAUCCACUUAAAAACCGACAUGCCAGUCCAGGUGGAUGGCGAGCCGUGGAUUCAAAGCCCCGGCGAUGUGGUGGUGCUCAAGUCGGCGCUCAAGGCCACCAUGCUAAAAAAGAACAAACUUAAAAUGAAACGUCGCAACACGGAGCCCACAAUGAUGGUCGCCGGCUCGGCAACUCCGCAGUUAUCGCUGGCCUUGCCGCCCAGUGUUGGUGAGGUGGGCGAUGCCGCCGAGGGGGAUGCGGGCCCAAAUAAUACGGACUUCUGAAUAUGGUAUAGCGAGCGUUUGAUUUAACGUGCUAAUUACAGCGUUGCCACAUACAUCAAAAUAGCAGAUCCAUAGCCAAAUUGCAAAUUGCCACACAGAGAGAUAUAGAUAUACAGUGUCAUAGUAAAUUGUUAUAGCCAGGCUUCAACUCAAAUCAAAAACUUUAAUCAAAACAACAAAACGAAAAACCAAAAAAAAAAAAAAAAGGAAAAGAAAAAAAGCAAAUACCUCUUUUUAUCAUAAUAUUUAUCUGUGUAACUAUUCGUAUGUAUGUUUGUGUAGGGAUGAUGUCUAUGUCAUUCUCAUUCUCAUUGUCGCAUUCUCAUUCAUGUCAUGUCUUGAAAAGGUACGUUAAAUUCAAACAGCUCGAAACUAACUGUAAAUCUACAGAAACUGAACAGCAGCAACAAUGAAACUAUAUAUAUAUAUUAUAUAUAGUAUUUCACAAACUACAAGAACAACAAGAUGAACAACUAUUAAUACUAUUUAAUACUACAACUACUACUACUAUACUAUUAGUGCAACUGUGCGCAACUGUAUCACUUUAAAUUUACGCAUAAACUAGUAUUGUAUGUAUGUACAUGUGUCUGUGCCUCGAAAUUCGAAGGAAUUAUACGAUAGUUUGGGCUUACAUAUGUAUAUACAUAUUGGCAUAUAUAUGUAUAUAUACAUUUAUAUAUAUGUACUUUCGAUACUGAUAUCCAAAGUUUUAUUCCAUACUCAGCAAUAGUCUGGCAAAUGUUGUAUAAAAUUCAAGUUCAAUUAUGUUCCUUACCGUUUUGUUCCUAUGUAUGUAAAAACUGCAACAGAUUAGUGAUACCGUUAACAAAAGAGAGAGUUCUAAUGCAAAAUCCAAAACAAAACCAAAAAAAAACCAGCGCAAAGGCAAAACAACACA